AUGGCCAAGCUAUCAACUUUACUGUCCGCUGUCUUCUUGGCCAUUGGAGGCUUCCUUUUCGGAUAUGACAGUGGUAUCAUUACCUCGACGAUCGGCCAAACCGAGUUUAUCAGAUACUUUAACAACCCAAAUGAUACGGUGACGGGAGGUGUAGUAUCUGCCUUUCAAGGCGGUGCCAUCCUAGGAACCAUCAUUAACAUCUUCACUGGCGAUAGAUUGGGACGGAAAAUGUCCGUCUUUGCCGGUGCCUGCAUCUCCAUUGUAGGCUGUGCCCUGCAGGGCGGCGCGAUCAACAUGACCAUGCUCAUCAUAGGUCGGUUCAUUGCGGGUGUAGCUGUGGGAAUGCUGACCGCCACCGUUCCCAUGUACGCUGGCGAGAUGGCCGAAGCCGCAUCCCGCGGAAUGAUGUCGGGUCUGCUGCAGUGGAUGUUAAGGCGCUUCCCACUUUCAUUUCAAUGUGUCCCUGGCCUCGUUCUCAUGGCCGGUGUUUGGUUUCUCCAGGAAUCACCUCGCUGGCUGAUGGAACAAGACCGCCACGAAGAGGCAUUAGCCACACUGCACCGCCUGCAUGGGAUCAAUGUCAUCAACUAUUAUGGAACGCGUAUCUACAGCUCACUGGGUAUCGAAACGCGCACAACGCUGAUGAUCAUCGGUAUCUCCGGCGGUCUAUCGAUCGUCUACUGCACCAUCGGACUCUGGGCCCUGGAGCGGGUGGGUCGCAUCCGACCCCUGAUCGUUUCAGCAGCGGGUAUGGCAGCAGCACUGGUGUGCAAUGCGGCCAUGUCCCAGCAUUAUACCGAGACGAACACCAAUCAGCUACGUGCAAUGGUCGCAAUGAACUUUAUCUUCAGCCUGUUUUAUACAUCCCCUGGUAUCAUCUCCUGGGUCUACCCUGCGGAGAUCUUCCCCGUGGAUAUCCGUAACCAAGGCAAUUCCAUUACCACGUUCACUAAUUGGACCGUCAAUCUGGUGUUCGCGCAGUUUUCACCUACGGCACUAUCCAACAUUGGCUUCCGUUACUUUUACGUCUUCUUCGUGUUCAACCUAAUUGCCAUGGUCUGCUAUAUAUUUUUCUUUCCAGAGACCAGGGGUAAGACCCUCGAACAGAUGGACGAGCUUUUCGGGGACGUGAUGGUGUUUCCUGGGGACGUGAAAGGGAAAGAAGAGCCCCAAGUAACAAUGAUUGAGGAUGCUGCAAAUCGGUCAUCCUGA